AUGAACUCUAAAGAAAAGUACUUGGGAUCUCCACUUAUUUUAGGGCACUCUAAGCAAGAAUCCUUUAAGUCUAUUAAGGAAAAUUUUGAGAAUAUAUUUUCUACUUGGAAUUCAAUUUCUCUUUCUCAAGCAGGAAGAGGGACCAUGAUCAAGCAUGUUCUUGAUUCAGUGUCAAUAUACCAUAUGGGCACUUUUAAGCUUCCCAAUAAUUUGAUUAAUCAACUUACUUUUAUUGAAAGAAAGUUCUUUUGGGGGUACCACAACAAUAGAGGCAAUAAUCCCAUUGCUUGGCACAAAGUUUAUAAACCCAAAGAGCAAGGAGGUUUGGCUUUUAGGGACCUUGAGAAACUGAAUUUAUCCAUACUCACAAAGUUAGCUUGGAGACUAUGUAAUGAGCCAUAUAAUAUAAUAUCUCAAUUCUUAAGCAGCAAAUACUUCAAAAGUGGAGAUAUUAUUCAUCAAAAUAUAUCUGCAAAGAAUUGCUCAUAUGCAUGGAAUGGUAUAGCUAAAGGUCUUCAGGUUGUGCAACAAAAUUACUUCAUGGGGGUCAAUAAUGGGAAGAGAACAAAAUUUUUGAAAGAAAGAUGGAUUCUAGGUAUGAUUCAUCCACCAACACCAAUGCUUGAUAUUUACAGAUUUUAUGAGGAGGUUGCUGAACUUCUCUUGCCAGAUUCUCACCAAUGGAAUGUAAGUCUUCUAAAUAAACUUUUUGAUGCUGAUACUUCCAAUAAGAUUCAGAACUUGUUCAUAGAUAACACCAAAGAAGAUGUUAUGGUCUGGAUGCCUGCAAGGGAUGGUAAGUUCUCUGUUAAGAGUACUUACAAAAAGUUAACCAUGAGCAACAAAUGA